AUGGCUGGCCUUUGGAACGCACUUCGGUCUGAAGUCAUGGGCACCGUCGACGAAUUUCGUCAAAAGGGUGCAAUUGGUGCCCUGCGGGAUGCAGCUCUGGAUGCCCGAGACAUGGCAACAGAUGCAGGCUCUUGGAUUGUCGGCAACGUGAAAUCUCUCGUGGAUGGUGAUGGCAACCCUACGGCAGUGCUUCGCUAUGAUGGAGUACCAGCGCGGGGGGCCACCGCCCCCUUGCAGUUCAGUGAUGGCCGUGUGAUGGAGGCGACAGUGUUGCAGGUGGAUGGUGUCUCGCAGCCUCCACGUGUGCAGGUGAAGGUGGAUGGAAUUGACGAGGCCAUGCUGGUUGUGGUGUACCCCACUGAUGCAGUCGCCCCUGAUGGGGCCACCGAAGCCACGGAUGCAGGCUUGUUGGCGAGCAUCAGGCAGGAAUUUAAAGACACAGUUCAAGACUUCAGACAAAAAGGUGCUGUAGGCACGCUCAAGGAUGCCGCGUUUGACGCAGUGGACAUGGUCGGCAGCACAGCUGGAAAGGCAGUGGAUAUUGUCGGCAGCACCGCCGGAAAGGCAGUGGAUGGAGCCAUGUCCUUAAUAGAUUCAGAGCCGAAGGCUGCACAGACAGCCACAGGCGAGCAAACAGCUCCUCAACAACGUGGCAGUGUUAUGCAGUUGGUUGACGGAGUGAAAAGCGAGAUUCACAGCACCGUGCAGGAUUUCCGUGAGAAAGGGGCCGUCGCCACUUUCAAGGAUGCCGCCUUGGAUGCUGUGGACCUUGUCGGCAGCACCGCCACCACCGUCGUGACCGGGGCCAAAGGUGUUGCAGCUCCCCUGCUUGAAGAUUUCUGGGCGGGUGAGAAGCCCACAGAUCCUGCCAGCAGCCCUGCGGCCCCUGCGGCUGAAACAGCAUCGAGCUCGUCCGCCGCUUCUGCAGGUGCGGGCGCUCCCGGAACUGUCACCCCGGCCUCUGCAUCCUCGACACCCACGCCCGCUACCGCGGCACCCAGCGCACCCAGCGCAGCACCCGGCGGCUACUCAGCGCCUGCACCCGCAUCCGGUGCAAGCCCUCCAGCAGGUGGCUAUGCAACAAAGGCCCCAGAAGCGGGCUCAGAGGAGAAGCCUGCCAAGAAAUCCUUGGUGGAGAUGCGACGCAAUAUGUUCGAAAAGCCGAAGGACGAGGCCAAGGAGGAGAAGAAAGAUGAGCAGAAGGACGAAGAGGAGGAGGUUAUCGACUGA